CUCCUCCUCCUCCCCUUCUUCAUUGCCAUUCAUAGAUGAGGAGGGGAAGAGAGAGACAGAGAGAGGUGUCUAUGUGAGAAAAAGCAAAGCUCUUCAUAUACCUUUUUCGCUCUCUCUCUCCAUUUUCCGACCCGAUAGAACAGGGGAGAAGACAGAGAUGGUGGGAGAAGGAGAGACAAGCGGCGGAGCUCCGGCGAUUUCAGCGGCGGCGGAGGAGGAGAUGAAGGUGGUCGGAUCGAGAUAUCCUCUGAGCUUUUGGGAGGUAACGGCGGCUUCCGGCGUUGUGUUAGGGUUCCUGGUGGGCCUUGUUUGCGUUUAUCUCACCAUGCCAGAUUCUGAUUACAGUUUCCUCAAGCUUCCUCGGAAUCUCGAGGACCUUCAGAUCCUUAGAGACAACCUGGAGAGCUAUACAAGCGACUAUACCAUUCAGGUUCUUGUUGGGUAUUGUCUGGUGUACAUUUUUAUGCAGACGUUCAUGAUCCCUGGAACUGUGUUCAUGUCAUUGCUCGCCGGUGCCCUUUUUGGAGUUUUCAAAGGCGUGGCUCUCGUCGUCUUCACUGCUACGGCUGGUGCUUCUUCUUGCUAUUUCCUGUCAAAGCUUAUUGGCAGACCUCUCGUCUUCUCUCUCUGGCCUGACAAGUUGGCCUUCUUCCAAAAUCAGAUUGCGAGAAGAAAAGACCGGUUGUUGAACUACAUGCUUUUCCUGAGGCUAACUCCGACCCUGCCAAACACUUUCAUCAACGUUGCUUCCCCGAUUGUCGAUGUGCCUUACCAUAUCUUCUUCCUUGCCACUCUCAUUGGACUGAUUCCUGCCGCUUAUGUCACUGUUCGGGCUGGGAUUGCUCUCGGGGAGUUGCAGUCAAUUGGGGAUCUUUACAACUUCAGCUCGGUUGCGACUCUCUUCCUCAUCGGCAUUGUCUCCGUUACCCCAACCCUAAUUAGCAAGAAAAAGCCGUAGCUUAAACUUCUAGACAGAAGAUGGACAACAAAACUCAUGCCCUCUUGUACAUAUCCUUAGAAACAUCAAACCAGUGUUCUUGUGUCUCACCACCCAGUGGCAUUUGUUUCCGACCCUGUUGUAGCUCUAUGAUGAAGAAGAUCACCUAUCAUGUAAAAACCCAAAAAAAACCACAAACUUUUUGGUGAUCCAUGGCAUUGUUUAUAAAAUUGCUGUAUAUGCCAUAAUAGCUUUAAGAUGAAGAUUACUGGCUAUGUUCA